AUGGCCAAUCCAUACUACCCGCCGGGUGGAUCGCAGCGGCAGCGGGGCCAGAACGGUCAGCGGAACCCGCUCUCGAUACCCUAUCCCCAGGACCACCCCUACCUCGGCACCCCAACCAAUGCCCACUUCUCGGAUCCAUAUGCACCGGGCGGCUACGGCGACGGGCACGACCGUCCGUUCUACAACCCCUACGCCAACGUCUCGAACGUUCAGCUCGAACCGCAGAGCCACAAUGCUUCCAGCGAAAACCUCGUGGGCGGGGUAAAGCAGAGCUUCAGCGAGAAGCGUCUCCAAGAAGUCGACCUUCACCCGUACCAUACCGACGACGGCCUUCCCCUGCCCAGCCAGCCUUUUGCUCGAGGUUAUGGCGGUGUCACCGCAGCGACCGGGCCUGGCCGGUCAUCGCGAGACAUUGAGCGGCCCGAAUCGCCCUUUGACGGCGUCUACAAGGACCGACCCCCGGUCUGGGAGAAGCUCAACCCAGAACAGCGCGAGAUCCUCAAACAGUUUCCGCCGGAUCUCGACGACGCCAACGGCGGAAAGUCGGGGAUGCAGGCGGUCAAGGACAUGCUCAAGAACUGGAAGCAGUUCUUCCGGCUCAAGUAUCUUCACUGGUGGAUCAUUCUGCUCAUCUGCGGCGCUGUCGUGGCCCUCGUCACCAUCUACCACACUCAGAUCGUCGACUGGCUGACGCCCAUCUCCAAGAAGGCCAACUCGGUCUCGUGGGGCUGGACCAUCCCGGUCGCCAUCCUCUUUGUGCUCUCCUUUCCCCCGCUCUUCGGCCAGGAGAUUGUCCUGGUCCUCGUCGGAAUCGUGUAUGGGCUCUGGCUUGGAUUCGGCAUCGCCAGUCUUGGCACGCUGCUCGGCGAGAUCGGCAACUUCUACGCCUUCAAGUACUGCCUGCGAAGCACGGCGGCAAAGUACGAGCGGAAGAACAUCUACUACGCCUGCAUGGCCGAGAUGGUCCGUGAGGGGGGCUUCUGGGUCAUGUUCCUGGCCCGCCUCUCGGCGGUGCCAGGCCACUUUACCACGGCCGUCUUUGCCACCGUCGGCAUGAACAUCUGGAUCUUCACCUUGGCCGCCGUGCUGUCGCUGCCCAAGCAGCUCAUCAUCGUCUACUUUGGUGUCGCCAUCGAGCAGGCGGGGGGCAAGGGCGAGUCGACGGCGUCCAAGAUCAUCAAGUACGUCGUGCUCGCCAUCACCGUCAUCAUCACCAUCUGGACCGCCCACUGGCUCUACAUGAGGAUGGAGAAGGUCAGGCCGGACGUCCAGAGGAAGCUGCGGAUGCGCCGCUACGACCUUCUUACGGACGCCCGAGGCUCCGAGUACACCGCACGCGGAGGUCCUUCGACUGCCGAGGCUCGGCCCGUCGAGUCGAAUGGCGAGGACCGCGAUACGUACGAACUCCGUCCACGGCAAGCGGGCCAUGCGGGCUACUCACAGGCAUCGCCGGCACAGUAUGCUGGAGCCGAGACGUCCGGUCGCUACCAUGGCGCCGACGAGGCCUACAACCGGGCCCCGGCCUCGUAUGCUCCAUCGCAGGCCCCCGCAUCGCCCCAACAGAACCGAGCACCAUCUGCCAACGCAGCUGGCGCGAUCCAGUUCCACCGACCUCUGCGCAAGCAAACCCACGAAGACGCGCCCGCCACACCGCCCAUCGAUCCUGGUGGCUUCGACCACGCCUCGGAUCUCUCGCAAGCCCGCGCAGAGCUGAUGCUGUCCCCCGCCAGCCCCGGCGCUAGGGCCGCCAACCAAGGCGGUCGGCCAAACAUCCGGCUCGACACGCAGUUGAACGCCAAAUAUCAGCACGCCUCCGAGCUGGGCUCGGUCUACAUGCUCGGCUCGGAGGCUUCGACGGCUCCGAUGCACCAGGGCAGCUUCCAGCCCGGCCAGAUUGUGUCGCCCUCUUCUCUGACACCGCCCGGGCAGGACCCGGGUGCACCCGUCCCGGCGCUGCAAGCAUCAUACCAUUCGCCACAAGCCGAGCACUUUUCCGAGAGGUCCCCACUGCGAGGCAACGAGGACCGUCUCUCGCCGACAUCCCCCGGAGCGGACCAUGCACCGGCUCACGCGCUGCACGGCGGCUCGCACGCCGACGCAGCUGGCAGCCAGCCGAACCACCGCCCGUACGGCGUCAGCCCUACCUCUACAGCUGCGUAUGGCUACGAGCGAGAUGCUCCGCCCGCGUACGCCAGCACGCCGUACCUCGCCGAUCCAUCGCAGCAGCUUCCGCCCCAGCAGCGAGUCUCGGACGAGGUGACGCGCUACCAGCUGCACGACUGA